AUGUCUAUGCCAACACCCAGUACGGUGGAAAAUAAUCCGACUGGAACUUCUUCUGGAGUUCAUUUAGCUCACGACGCAGAAUUGUUAAUCCGCACCUAUAUCUCUUCAUCUCUCUCUCUCGCUCAACCACCCACAGGGCUACCUAUUCCUCUACCAUUAUGCAUUCCCCAGGUCAGCGUAAACCCCAACGAUCAAUCAGCUUUCGCUCGUGGAUACAACGAUACUUUGAAGGACGUAGGAAUUCCGCAGGAUGUGCUGUUGAAUUUCAUCGAUGGAUUGAACAUGGCGAUUAUCGCUAGUCCACCUCUGCGUGUGGUUGGUAUGGUAGGGACUAUCAUCGGUAUGGUUCCUUACCAUUGGGCAAUGAUAGCAGGGACCGUUAUAAGCACCGCAGCCGGAGUCGCUACUCACGUCCUCUCUAAAACCCUCACUGAUCGAUAUCUCCGUGCGGCCAACCUAACCCUCUUCAAACCCCGUGGCCUCUCAGUCCGCUUGUGUACCACUACUGCGAUGUUAGCCCUCCUCACGUCGUCCGAAUCAAAAACUCGUUCAAAGCUCAAUAAAUUCGGGCGUGGAGUUGGUUCUGUACUCCUGAAGCUCCCUAUUCCCGUCAUAAAUCCUAUCGCGAGUACUAUUAUUCACGCCAUCGCCGACAAGCCUCCUACUAUCGCUCCCUCAGGGAGGGAAGGUGAUCCAAUCAAUAGUCCAGUGCUUAGGCGGAGAGUGGCUAUGACAAAUGGUUUGGCGUUGCCUCUGAAAAUGGAUGGCCUUCCCCCACCUGCGAAACCAGAAGGAGUGAUGGAUACGAUGGCUUCAUGGGGUGUUAAAUAUGAUACUGCGAGAGAAAGAUUAUCAGAGAAGAACAUAGAACGGAGGAGAAGAGCAUUGGAGAGUAUCAAGCAGGCGGGAAUCGAGCCUCCUUCGCGGUCGAUGGGAUUAUUGGGCACAGGCUCACCGAUGUCUUCAAGACCUGGGCUUCGUCCUCCUUCUACCAGCACCGGAAGAUCCGCUUCCUCUUCUGCCUCCUCAUCAUCAGGUUUCAAAAGCAUGGCCUCAUCGGCGUUCAACACAGUCAAUGAUCUCCGGCUGCAAAUGGAGGUUCGUAACGAACGAAUCGAGCAGCAGCGGAAUACAUCGCUGUUUAACUCUGGACGAGGGAACGGAGGCCUUGGUGGGCUUCUUGGGCCUAAGAUGACAAGAAUGGAGCAGAAAGUUGCUGAUGCUGAUUUGCUGGAGCAUUGGGGUGCAGAAAAGUUUCUCUGGAUCGUGGUCAUGGCUUCGGACAAAGAUGAAGAGAUUGCAGACAUUUCUAUUGCCGAGGAUCCCGCCAAUGAAGAACAUAUCGACGAUAAAACCUGGAGGGAGAGAAUGGCAUUCGAGCGAGAUGAGAUGGAAUUGGAGGAUUUCAAAGAAUUUGAGCAGCGCCAACAACAGGAGAAUAGUGCUGGUACUCAGGCGAGCGGAAGCAGGACUUGA